ACAGCCGGGUGUAAGUGGCUUUCAUCCACCGCCUUCACAAUGAAAUGCUAACGUCUCAUGUGUGCUGUCAAACCUAUAUAUUGAGUUAAAAGUAAAAAACACACAAUGUCGCUUUCUACUGCUCGCUCAUUCCUGUCAGAGGCGUGUUAUGGCGAACAAGAACUGGACGCUAAUUCUGCUCUCAUGGAGCUGGACAAAGGGUUGCGGUCAGGGAAGCUGGGAGAGCAGUGUGAGGCGGUGGUGCUCUUCCCUAAACUCUUCCAGAAGUACCCUUUCCCUAUCCUCAUCAACUCUGCUUUUCUCAAACUAGCUGACAUAUUCAGACUGGGGAACAACUUUCUACGCCUCUGUGUGCUCAAAGUAACUCAGCAGAGUGAGAAACAUCUGGAAAAGAUCCUCAAUGUGGAUGAAUUUGUCAAACGAGUGUUUUCUGUCAUCCAUAGCAAUGACCCAGUGGCCAGAGCAAUCACUCUGAGGAUGCUUGGUAGUUUGGCUUCCAUCAUCCCAGAUAGGAAGAAUGCCCACCACAGUAUCCGCCAAAGCCUGGACUCUCAUGACAACGUAGAAGUGGAAGCUGCCAUAUUUGCUGCUGCAAGCUUCUCUGCACAAUCAAAAGACUUUGCUGCUGGGAUUUGUAACAAAGUCAGUGAGAUGAUACAAGGUUUGGAUACGCCAGUGGAGCUGAAGCUGAAACUGAUCCCCAUGCUGCAGCACAUGCAUCACGAUGCCAGUCUGGCCUCCAGCAGCAGAGAGCUUCUGCAGCACCUGGUCAGCUCUUAUCCCUCCACCCCCAUGGUCAUCGUCACCCUGCACACCUUCACCCAGCUGGCUGCCUCCUCUCUCAUCGACAUCCCAAAGCAGUUGCAGCUCCUUCUCCAAUAUCUGAAAGACGACCCAAGAAAAGCGGUAAAGAGGCUUGCCAUCAGUGACCUAAAGCUCCUGGCAAAGAAGGCUCCGCACCUUUGGAUCAGAGAAAACACUCAGACCCUCUGUGAGUGUGCCUUGAGCAGUCCCUACAACAGUUUGAAGCUGGGGAUGUUGGCAGUUCUCUCCACCCUGUCUGGAACCAUUGCAAUCAAGCAGUAUUUUAACAACAUGACAGGUGCCUCCUCGGUUCCCCCCCGCCUUACUGACCUGGUUAAACUGGCACAAGAAUGCUGUUACCACAGCAACCUGGCAGUGGCUGCUCAUGGGGUCAUAGUGCUCUCCAACAUUUCCAUUUCCUGUCCAGAAAAAGAUAUAGUCCAGCUGGAGCAGGACACAGUUUUGGGAGUGGAGUCUCUGCUGAUGCUUUGCAGUCAGGACAGCAGUCCUGGGGCACAGGCUACACUUAAAACAGCCCUCACCUCAUUAGUCAAACUCCUGAAAAGUCGACCCCAUCUCAGCCAAUCAGCGGUAGAAUUCCUGCUUGGCCAGCUACACUUAUCCUGUGACUGUUCUCGCGUCCUGAUGUGCCACGCUCUGGCAGCCAUCGCCACCCACCUACCUGUGCUGGGCGACGGCAUGCUGGGAGAUCUGGUGGACCUCUACAGAGUGGCCAGUCACUCGUCCACUGACAAACAGCAGGAGCUUCUGGUUUCCUUAGCAACAGUAAUUUUUGUCGCUAGCCAAUCAUCUCUGUCAGCUGAAGUGAAGAGUGUCAUCAAACAGCAGCUGGAGAACGUUGCUAACGGCUGGACAGUGUAUCGUAUCGCAAGGCAAGCCUCACGCAUGGGAUGCCAUGAGUUCUCCAGUGAGCUGUACCAGAGUCUGAGGACCCGUGUGGCUUCAGAGCACUUCUACUUCUGGCUGAACAGCCUGAAGGAGUUUUCCCAGGCCGAGCAAUGCCUUAGUCAUGUGGAGGACGGUGACUACAGUGGAGCUAUGAGCGCCAUCGCGGAGGCCCUGCGCUCCUACCAAAAGGGCAUCGCCUCCCUCACGGCUGCCAGCACUCCCUUGAGCCCGCUUACAUUCCAGUGUGAGUUCAUUAAGCUCAGGAUAGACACCUUGCAGGCUCUGUCUCAGCUGAUUUGUACCUGCAACAGCCUGAAAACCAGCCCUCCCCCUGCCAUCGCCACCACCAUUGCCCUCACCUCAGGCAACGAACUGCAGCGGUGCGGACGCAUCUCCAUGCAGAUGAAGGUGUGCAUGGAUGAAUUCAGAAAUCUAGCUGCUCGAUACUCUGAUUUACACCAGUCAUCAUUCGAUGCUGAUUAUGCCACACUUCGCAAUGUGGAGCUACAACAACAGAGUUGCUUACUAGUCUCACAUGUGAUAGAAGCGCUGAUACUUGACCCACAAGCUGCCAGUUUUCAGGAGUAUGGCACGCUGGGGUCAGUCCAGACAGAGAGCGAAUAUGAGCGGCGGAUGAUGUCAGUAUUCAGUCGAGUGUUGGAGGAGGUGGAGAGCCUCACAAAGAAACACCCUCCGGUGUCAUGCCUGCACACAGGAUGUCUCUGUGAUGCAGUCAUAGCUUUGCUGAAGGUCCCGCUGUCCUUCCAGAGAUAUUUCUUCCAAAAGCUUCAGUCAACAAGCAUCAAGCUCGCCCUCUCUCCUUCCCCACGAACGCCGAGUGAACCGAUCCCAGUGCAGAACACUCAGCAGCUGACUCUGAAGGUGGAGGGGGUGGUGCAGCACGGUUCCACUCCGGGUCUCUUCAGAAAGAUUCAGUCUGUGUGUCUCAACGUGACUUCGGUUCUUCAGAGCAAAACAGGACCUGACUACAAGAUUCCACUUGACACCAAAACUAAUGAGAUCGAACAGCGCGUAGAACCCCACAACGACUACUUCAGCAUCCAGUUUUUGCUGAAUUUCUCCAUCCUGGGAACUCACACAGUUACCGUGGAGGCCUCUGUGGUUGAUGAGAGCGGUAUCGAGUGGAAAACUGGGCCCAAGACCACCGUGUCUGUAAAAUCCCUGGAGGAUCCUUACUCCCAGCAGCUCCGCCAUCAGCUGCAGCAAGGCGGAGCUCAGCCUGCUCCACAGAGGGGUGCAUACUUUCGCUUUUAGUGUGCUUCAAUGUCAAGAACAAUAUUAGCCUGUAAUCUCUGACUUGUUUUGCCUCAAAAAAACUGAAUUUGUACAUAUUUCUUCAAUAAUUAAAAAUUGAGAAGUUGA